AUGGCCUCCCUCUCGGAGCUCACCUGCACCUACUUGACCCUCAUCGUGCACGGCUAUGAGGUGAUGGUCACAGAGGCCAAGAUCAAUGCCCUCAUUAAGGCAGCAGGUGUAAAUGUUGAACCUUUCUGGCCAGGCUUGCUUGCAAAAGGCCCUGGCCAGUAUCAACACUGGGGCCUCAUCCUCAAUGUAGGGGCUGGUCGACCUGCCCCAGCAGCUGAUGCUGCACCAGCAAAGGUCCUGCUCCCUCCACCAGGCUGCCCCGCCGCCACCUAGGAGAAGAAAGUGGAAGCAAAGAAAGAAGAAUCAGAGGAGUCUGAUGAUGACAUGUGCUUUGGUUUCUCUGACCAAGCCUCUUCUAGCAAGAGAGAAGGUCAAGCAGAUAUCGGCCUUUUUGGGGAAUGUUCAGUGCAGACCAACUCGGUAGUGGACAUGCAGCGGAUGUUCAAGAAGCUCAGGUUCCUGAGGGAAUAA